AUGGAAUGUGAAUGUCCUCUUUCAGGCUCUCUCGCCAGCUCCAUCUUUGAUCCUUAUAGUGCUCUUGUGGGUGCUUCAGGUGGUGUUUAUGCCCUUAUAGGAGGUUACUUCAUGAAUGCUUUGGUGAAUUUUAGGGAGAUGAUGCCACUUCUGGGAGUGUUUCGCAUCCUAGUAAUUGUUCUGAUUGUUGGAACAGAUGUUGGAUUUGCUAUUUACAGAAGAUUCAUUACUCACGAGGCUGGCAUAAAGGUCUCUUUUGUGGCUCAUAUUGCCGGUGGGGUAGCAGGCAUGACCAUUGGUUAUGUGUUUUUCACCAACUUCAAUAAAGCACUCCUGAAGGAUCCACGCUUCUGGAUGUGCAUUGUGGGAUACAUCGCCGCCUUCUUUUUUGCUGUAAUUUUCAACAUCUUCUUGUCCCCAGCGCCUGCAUGAGGAGCAUGUGUGUGUGUUAAAGUCAUGUAUCAGUUCACAACGGACAAUCAUAGCUUUUUAAAAGGAGCAGGUCUCAGGUCAAUAUGUCAGAAUAUCCUGUUGGUCUUUAAAGACUUUAAAGUUGUAUGCUAAUAAACUAUAUAUACAUAUCUAAAAGAAAUAAAUGUCAUUUUUGGACAGAUUUGUAAAAUUCUUUAAUAUCCAGAUAUUCAUUUGGUUUUGAAUAA